AUGACAUCAUCAGAUUGCUUACCUUCUAAUAAUCGAGAUUCUCGGUUAUCAAAUAUAUCACAUUUCAAUCUUCCUGUACGACCUUUUCUUAAUGGAACUAAUGAAGUACAAAAAUCAUCAUCAUUAUCUACAACUCCAAUAUCAUCAUCACCAACUAAUUUUCAUACACCAAGAUUAGUUAAUCAAACACGUUUUCCUCAAUCAAAUAUGUUUAAUUAUCUAAGACAUCCACCACCUCUACCACCUCCACCAGUACAAGCAUUAUUAAGAAAAAAUAUUCAAUUUAAACCUCCCGAACAAGACAUAUUAGAUAAAAAUUUUUUUCGUACAUUUAAUAUGGAACAAAAAGAAGAGUUAAAAAAUAAAAAUUCAGAAAACAUAAUAAAUAUAGGAACAACAGAUUCUACAUCGAAUCAUAAACAUAUUGACGGUCCAAAUUUAAUUGAUAUGGGUACAGAUUCUUCAUCACCUACAUUAUUAUCUGGUAAUGUUUUUGAAUUAUUUGAUCCAUUAAAACAACCAAAUCGACCACAUUCAUGGCCAUCAGAAUUAUAUCAAGCUGGAACAGAUGCAACUACACCACCUUUUGUUACACCAAGUAGUGAAACUCCAACAACAUCAAUACUACCAACAGUAACAUCAACAUCAUCGCUUUCAUAUCCAUAUCCAAUUCAAUUACGAUUAAAAUUAACAAUAUUUCCUGAAAUAAAACCAUUUAGCCUUCUUGUUCAACGUAUUCGUAAUGAAAAUCAAAGUAAACAGACGACAACAGAUGAAAUAAUUUAUUGUAAACGUGUUCAACGUUUAACACCACAACAUAUUGAACAAAAACAAUUACCUGUAACAUUAUAUAUAUUUGUUGAUGGUUCAAAAGAACCAAAACGUUUAACAAAUAUAAGUUUACAAUCAACAGUAUCACAUAUAUUAUAUCAAUUACUUGAAAUUACAUCAUUUAAUUAUGAUCAAUCUAUACUUAAAUUACGUUCACGUGAAGAAUAUUUACGUAAUGAUGAUGUUUUAUGUGAUAUUGAAUAUGUUUAUAAUUGUAUUAAUUCAUUAAAACAAUUACAAUUUGUACUUGUACAAAAACCUACAUAUGGAUAUCAAAAGCACCAAAAAUUAAAUCAUAUAAGUUUCGAACAAUUUUGUUUAAGUCAACAAGAAAAAACUCAUAAUACAUUAACAUCAUCAUUGGAUAUUUCUAAUAGAUCACAAACAGAUAAAAAACACAGAAAUUCACAUCGAUUAUCAACUGUUCGUCAAUCAAAAUCUUUAAAUCUCCAUAAACAAGCAACAUAUUCACAUCAAGCUCAUAUAGCACAUUCAUCAAAUGCUCCAUUUCUUGCAUCUGAUCCUCGAUGGUUAGAAGAAUUUCAAAAAGAUAUUAAUUUAAUUCUUAUACAAAUUGAACAACGUUUUAAUCGUCUUGUUCAAUUUCAUCAACCAAUAUUAUCCAUAAAUGAACAAAUAAAAUUAAUUAAUGAAUUAAUAGGUUUUAUUAAAAAUAUACAAGUAACUUGUUCAUAUAUACAAUCAUCAUUAAUUAUUGAUAAACAACGUGAUUUAAAAAAUUUUGCUGAUCAAUUAAUAAGAAAAUCACAUCAUGAACAUGAACAACAAACAUCAUUAGAAAUAAAUGAAAAAUUAACACGAUUACUUUAUGAUACACUUGUUAUACUUGUUAAUUAUAUACAAACUUAUUGUCAUGCAUAUCUUAUUCCUUAUGAAGUUGAAAUUUAUAAUGAUAAAAAUUUGUCAAUUGAUAUUGAACAAUUAAAAUAUACGCCAACAAAAAAGAGUCAAAUAUCACAUUCAAUCAAUGAAUCAUUUGAUACAUUCCAAGUUUAUAUCGAUAGUCUAUUUUCUUUACCAUCAAUAUCAAAUAUAAAAUCAGUUCGUAUUAGUGCUCGUCUUUGUUAUGGAAAUCAAACAAAAGCACGACAAACAACACGAUCAAUGUCAUUUGUACGUAAUACUUAUCAUAGUGAAAAUGUUUCACUUAAACCACAAAUACGUUUUGAUCAAUGGCUUUCAUUUGAUGAUGCACGUCUUUGUGAAUUACAACGUGAAACACUUCUUUUAUUUGAAAUUUAUGCAAGUUAUAAUGAUGAAAUUGAUUCAUCAUCAUCAUCAAUAUGUGAAACAUUUGAUGGAAUUCCAAUGCGUCUUAUUGGUUGGUGUUCACAAGCAUUAUUUGAUGAUGAACAUUAUCUUAUUACAGGUGAACGUUAUUUAGGUAUAUUUGAUGCAUUAACAACAAAUCGUACAGGUUUUUAUUCAUUACGAAAUGUUUUUGAACGUAAUUGUCCAAUAUUAAGUGUUUCAUUUCUUGAUCAAUCAUUUGUUUGGCCACAUGUUCAAGCUCGAAAUGAUAAACAUCCAGGAAAUUUUACUGAAAUGAGUCGUGAUAAACAAGAAAAUUUAUGUCGAUUACUUAAACGACCAAGUUUAAUAUUAGUUGAUCAUAGUGCUAUGACAACAAAUGAUAAUCGUAAACAACAAUAUUCAUCAAAUACAUCAGAUGAAGAACGUGAAUUUUCUGAAGAUGAAUGUCAUUUUCUUUGGUCUCAUCGUUAUUUUGUAAUUCAUAAACCAUAUGCAUUACCAAAAUUACUUAAAUCUCGUUGUGUAUGGGAUUAUCCAAGUUUAAUUGAUAUAUAUGGACUUAUUAAUGACGUAACACAUGAUCAUACAAUAGAUGAAAUUGAAUCAUUUGAACUUUUAUUACCAGCUUUUCCUGAUAUGCAUAUACGUUCAUUUGCAUAUCGAUCAUUAAUAUCACGUUUAAAAUCACAAGAUCUUCUUGUUUAUUUACCACAAUUAUUACAAAUAAUUAAAUUUGAUUAUACACAUUCAUCAAUUAUUAUUGAAUAUUUACUUAAACAAUGUUUAAUUGAUUAUAAUUUAGCACAUAAAUUAUAUUGGCUUUUACGACAAUUACUUAUAACAGAACAUUUACAUUAUAUACGUUAUUAUUAUUUAUUUUUAUCAUUACUUUAUGUAUUAGAAGAAAAUUUUCGUUUAGAAUUACAAAAUGAAUAUGAUUUAUGUUUAAAUUUAAAACGUAUUGGUAUAGAAUUAAAAACAAAUAAAACAAAUAAUAAAUCAAAAUUUUUAAUUGAAGAAUUAGAAGAAUUUAAUGAUAGAUUUUUUCAUUCGGGUAAAUUAACAUGUCGUUUACCAUGUCAAUUUAAUUUUAUGACAAAUAGUAUUGAUGUUAAUUCAUGUUCAUUUUAUAAUUCAUUAACAGUACCAAUUAAACUUGUUUUUAAUCCAAUUGAUUCAUCAUGUGAAAAAUAUUAUUCAAUUUAUAAAAUUGGAGAUGAUUUAAGAUCUGAUCUUGUUGUUACAUUCUUUCAUAUGAUUCAACAAGAUCAACAAAUAAAUGAUUCAAAAGAAAAACCUAUUGAUGAUUUUUCAUCACGUUUUACUUAUGAUUCAUCAUCAAAUAAUCGACCAAAGAUUCGUAUACAAUUAAAAUAUGAUAAUGGACAAUUAUUUGUUAUGGUUCGUUAUGCAAGUAAUUUGCCAUUAAUUAAUGGUAAUGAUCCAAAUCCAUAUUGUAAAUGUUAUUUAUUUCCUGAUGCAUCUAAAUCAACAAAAAGAAAAGGAAAAACGAUUAUGAAUUCACGAAAUCCAAUAUUUAAUGAUACAUUUACAUAUGAAAUGGAUUUAUCAGAAAUUCAAAAACGUCUUCUUCGUGUAAGUGUAUGGAAUAAUGUAUUAACUGUUGGUAAUCAUGCAUUGGGUGAAGUUGAUAUUGUACUAUCUCAAAUAGAUUGGUCAAAAGAAAAUGCUCGUGAUUAUACAUUUUUCUCAGUUGAUUCAUAA